AUGGCGAUGAUGCGGACCAGGACCAAAAGCCGAGGUAUGUGCCUCUGCCUUCUCGGGAUUGCAUUGGCGCUGCUCGUGCAGCCGAGCACGGACUUUGCUCGAGGAGUUCCUGGGCUGAAGGAGCAUGCAAAACGGCACCCGUUGCAUGCCGGAGUCGCUCGGCGCGCCGGGGCUGCGCAAGAGGACAACAGUGCCGAGGACCGGCUCGAUCUCGAGGAGGUGAUUUCAGAAGCUGAACGGGUGCUGAACACAUCGGCGACGAAGAAAGACAUGCAAGUGGUCAUGCGAAAAGUGCAGCUGACAGAUCCAGGGAAGUGGAAUGAUUUGGCGACUAAGCCUGAGUUAAAGCAGCAGCUAAAGAAGUUUGUGGCAGAGGCAGCCCUAAAGGCCUUGGAAGAGGACCUGCUCCUGGCGCGACAGCAGCAAGCGAGCGCCCAGCGGCAGGUUGAGACUGCCCAGCGGCAGGUUGAAAGCGCUCAGCGGCAGGUUGAGAGCGCCCAGCGGCAGGUUGAGAGCGCCCAGGAGCAGGAAGCGAUGGCGGGGAGGCGUCUCGCUCGAGCUGCCACCGUCUUGGAGACGGCGGAGGACUCGGGCAAUGCGACAAAGGUGCAGGAGGCCAAGGAGGAGGUCCAGGAGGCGGAGAGGAAGGUUCAGGAGGCGGAGAGGAAGGUUCAGGAGGCGGAGAGGAAGGUCCAGGAGGCGAAGAAGGAGGUCCAGGAGGCGAAGAAGGAGGUUCAGGAGGCGAAGAAGGAGGUGCAGGAGGCGGAGGUCAAGGAGGCGAAGGCAAGCGGCCGGACGAAGGAGUCCGAGGCCAUGACGACCACAGCCAGAGCCGAAAAAGUCAGUGCCUUUGCAGUUUGA